AUGGCCGCACAGUACCAGCCGGCCCAAGGGCAAUACUACCAACCGCAACAGGCUGUCGAAAAGGGCCACACAAUGGGAGGAGCGCCUCAAAACAUGGGAUAUAACCCAAACCAGCAGCAAUUCACAAAUGGAAAUGGCUAUAACCCUACUGGCUAUGGCUAUGCUCCCCAAGCAUCCGGAUACGCGCAGCCCGCACCGAGCGCACCCGCAUCGUCGGGUGUAAAGAGGAGCACUUGCUUCGCCAUAUUUGUUGCCCUCCUCAUCCUCCUUGCCGCGGUUAUUGGGCUCAGCGCCGGCUUGGGCGUAAGCCAGAGAAAUCUGCGCAACGCGAAGGCGGAUCUUGCGAGAGCAACAGAAUCACCAUCAGCAGCAACAACAGUAUAUGUGACAGCCAAGCCAACUUCGACGGGCACGCCAACAGCGACGUCUUCCUCGGCGUCUGCCUCUGCCACACCGGACACCUCCAACAUCACCUGCCCAGGGUCCAACAACACUCUGUACACGUCCGACGCCGACUCCAAGCAGUUCGAGCAGUACUGCGGUAUCGACUUCUCCGGCGACCAGGCGGUCGACGUAGGCAACGUCAAGGUCACGAGCAUGGAUGCUUGCAUGGACGCCUGCGCCUCGCAGUCCAAUUGCACAGGGGCCGGGUGGGGGUACCUCGAAGGCGACAAUGGCACGGAGCACAGCUGCUGGAUGAAGGCCAACCUGACGGAGCCCCACAAUGCGACGUCCGAAUGGGCUUUCGCUAUUCUGUUGAAUGUUUCACAGCCGACUUCGCAAAAACAAAAGAGACGACCAAGUUGGUGGUUUUGGGAGGCAUAA